UUCUUUCUCCUGGUGUGUCUGCUCCACCGCCCCAGCUAAUCCCCCAAAUCCGGUCUCCUAAGCCGCAGCUGCUUCCCUUCGCAGUGAUGAAUGGCCCGGGGAGGGAAGAUCUCUGGUGAGCUGCCCCCUGCUUGGCCUAGGGCAUGCCCCAGUUCACUUUCGCCUGCUUCUGUGGUCUCCACGGUUUCUGCAAGAUGAAGAGGAAGAAAGAGGAAGGCCGCCACCGCCGAGAGCGGGAGACAGCAGUGUGAGCAGGAGGUUCCAGGCUCCUGGGCGCCCGCUUCUGGCUGGGAGUUUGAAGCCGGAAGCCCCGGGUGCAUCCUGUGUCUCACCUGAGGACCACAGCCUCCUCCGGCCAUCCUUGUUAGCUUCCAAACCAGAGACCUCCCUGGAGAGAGACUGGGGAACCAUGCACCAGCAUGCAUGUCUGCCUGCCUGUGGGGGGAAGCCAGGAACCCGCUGCUCUCUGACAGCCCGGACAGCAGCCUUUUGCCUGCCCUGAGGGCUCCGGAGGCACUUCCCAGGGUAGCCUCUGAAGGAGGCACUGCCUGGGGCUAGGACCGCUGUUGCUAAACCAGGAACCAGCUGCUCUGAGAAGCUCCUAGUAGCAGCCCUGCACCCCGGGGAGGCCUACCCCACUGUGCCCUCCUGGGAGCCCAGCACCUGAGACUCAGAGCCUCCUUGGAAGCCCCUCUAGGAUUAGCGAUUUCCCAGCCACCCCUGGCCUCCUCCUGAGCCAGAUGGUGCCAGGCCCGAGGGGACUGUCUGCUGUCUGCGUGUCCGAUGCCGGGAGUCCCCAACAUGCACUGAUGCUGUGUCUUCCGCCUGUCAAACUGUCGGACUAUGAGUCAGCUGGGCUGGUGGGCUUCCCAAGGCUGCGGGGGUGUGGGCUCUCUGCAGCAGGCUCCCACUCUGAGCCUCUCUCUCCACACCCCAGUAAUAGGUCUUCCCUGUAGCCCUGGCCUCUGGGAUCGCCUCCUCCAGGAUGCCUGGACUUCUGUGGUGGCAGCACAGAUGUGAAGGUGUCUGUAUGCCAUCCUCAACUCCCCUCCUCAGAGACAGUCUUCCACAGCCCAGACUGUGGGGCCUCCUUCCUGGACUAAGCUGCCCUCCGACAUUCUGUUUCCGUGCCUCACCCGCCUGCCUUUCCCUGUCUUUGCAGAACCAUAGGGAGAAAAAUGCCUGUGUGUGGUGCCUUCAGGGGAAACUCUUAGGGUAGCGGGUGGUGCUCUAGGAUUUUAUCCCCACCCCCGACCCCUGCCCUAAUCUGCCUCUCUCCCACCUUGACUACACCCCAGCCUUCUGAGUUCAUUUCCCCAUGAUAGGAAGCAAAUGA